AUGAAACUGUGGUACCCCCUCCUGUUUCGGCCUGAAAUCCCGUGGGUGUUCGGCGGCGCGCACUACGAGGACUUCCUUCCUCCGAACUCCUACGUGGACGCGACGAAGCUCACGCCGCCGCAGGUCGCCGCGCUGCUCAAAAGGGUCGCCGCAUCCCCCAAAGAAUACCAAAAAUACCACGUCUGGAGGAGGUACUGGAAGGUCGUGAUACCGCCCCCGCUGUGUGAGCUCUGCGCCCGCCUUCACGAGGAGACACCGCCCUCCGUCGCCCCCAACCCCCUCUCCUGGUGGCCGCAGGUGAACGGAUGCUACACGAGGUAUCCCCUGUCUCUCUAUCCCAGGAUUGACAUGAGGCUCGUGGGCGGCUUCCUGCUGGGGAAAUUCCACAACGGUCUCCACUUCUUCAAGUCGAUCAUGGGAAACGCCAAGUCGACGUGAAGGCGGCCCUCGUUUGCUCGUCGCUGCAGGGACGGAUCUAGUCAGUUCACAAACGCAAACAUACAUCUAUCGCAUUAAAAAAAGCCUUCAUCCACAUCACAAGCAAACUGUGUGCAGAUUGUGUUGCCAUGUUGAGGUGUCACCGGUCGCCUUCCACCUCACGCAGCCUCCCUCUCGCGCUCUCUCUCCGUCUCGCUAUGUGUGCAUUUUGUGUAUUUAGAUAGAUAGAGAGAUC